CGCGAGCAGUCCUCUUUCCCCGGAUGACGAGCAGCAGGAUAACAUGGAGUCGGGCAAGAUGGCGCCUCCCAAGAACGCUCCGAGAGAUGCCUUGGUGAUGGCACAGAUCCUGAAGGAUAUGGGAAUUACGGAGUACGAACCAAGGGUUAUAAAUCAAAUGUUGGAAUUUGCUUUCCGAUAUGUGACUUCAAUUCUGGAUGAUGCAAAAAUUUAUUCAAGCCAUGCUAAGAAACCUAAUGUUGAUGCAGAUGAUGUGAGACUGGCAAUCCAGUGUCGGGCUGACCAGUCUUUUACCUCUCCUCCCCCGAGAGAUUUUUUACUGGAUAUUGCAAGGCAGAAAAAUCAAACCCCUUUACCACUGAUUAAGCCAUAUGCAGGACCCAGACUGCCACCUGACAGAUACUGCUUAACAGCUCCAAACUAUAGGCUAAAGUCCUUAAUUAAAAAGGGACCUAACCAAGGAAGACUAGUUCCACGGUUAAGUGUUGGUGCUGUUAGUAGCAGACCUACCACUCCUACUAUAGCAACCCCACAAACAGUGUCUGUCCCAAAUAAAGUUGCACCUCCAGUGUCAGUGACAAGCCAAAGAUUUACGGUGCAGAUUCCACCUUCUCAGUCCACACCUGUCAAACCAGUUCCCGCAACAACUGCAGUUCAAAAUGUUCUGCUUAAUCCUUCAAUGAUUGGGCCCAAAAAUAUUCUUAUUACCACCAACAUGGUUUCAUCACAGAACACGGCCAAUGAAUCAAACCCAUUGAAGAGAAAACAUGAAGAUGAUGACAAUGAUACUAUGUAAGGAAUAUAGUGUAGUCUCUAUGCAUUUCAAACGUGUAGUUGGUUUUGAGCCCAGUAUACCAAACUAGAACAUUCUUGAUCGAAAACUUAAAUGUAGCUGCAAUAUCUUUCACCUUAAAGUGUUAUAUUUAUUUCUUAAGGGUACCAAUGUUUUUUCAUUAGGCUUCAAGUAUAAAAAGUUAAGUGCUUGUUUAUUAAUGGUUUCAUUAAUGUUGAGUACUGCUAUGGUAAUUCUAUUUUUGGAAGCAGUUUUCUGCAAUGUAUCUGACAGCAACACUUAAGUUUCACUUUCUACAGCCUGAUCAGUGGACUAAUCUUUAACAGCAUAAUUUCUAAUCUAUAUUUAAAUACUUCUUUUGUAAGAUAAAAUAGUCACUUUUAUUGUCACCAACUUUUUUGACCAGAUCUCUCAAUUUAGCAAAUAUUGUUGGAGAGGUUGGAUUUAGAGGGAUUCUAAAUCCAUUUUGAAUAUAUUUAAGCUGUUUCUUGAUGUUCCCUAACUUCCCACCUCCUCAGCCCCGUUUCUAGAUCCCAUUUAUUUUCUGCACCACCUCCUCCCCACAGGCUUACGUUUCUCCCUAUUGCUCUUAAAUUUAAAAGGCCAAAACUGGAACUUCAGGAAUGUAAUUCCUGAUAAUACAGCUCAGUGUCAUUUUCAUAUUUUUAAAACCUGCUUUACAUGCCUGAUGGUCUAUGGUUCACUUUAACCAGAAGGUUUGCAUUUUGCUGUUUUUCUCUCCAUACCAGAGCAGUUGGGUUUUAUCCCUUACCUUUUAUGCCCAUUGAGCAUUACUCUGCUUUUGACAGGUAGUUUGGGGUCAGUUACAUUCAGUUUCAGUCAUAUUCCAAGUUGAUAACUCCACCAUAUUUCACAAUUUGAAAUUUAACACGAAAGAUGCUAUAGCUUAAAAUCUGCCUUGAUAAGUAUACUUACACUGGACCUAGGCAAAACCACUGAAGAGCAAGUGUUUUCUUCCUUUCUACCAUACAUAUAUAUGCUUUGAUCACUACUGCUUGAACCCCCCCUAUUGGUAUAAUUCAGAUUUUUCCAGCUUAUUGCUGAGGAUGUCACACAUACGAUGGGAUCAAACCUGAAAGUUUUUUAAUGGUUUUCCUUCCUCUAGAAGGCCAACACAAACAAAUUAGUGUGAUGUGACUUGCGUUUAGGUGCAUUCUGCAUAGGCUUCCCAGUAAUGUUGCUAAACACCUUUCCCUAUUUUCCAUUUAUACACAUCUAAACAUCCUAUUGAGAAAGACUGCAAAGCUUUCAAAAAUAUAAACAGGCUUGUGUUGUUUUUGUUUAAGUAAGUUUGACAUAUUCAACAUAGGAAUACUUUUGCAGAAUUUCUAAAACAAAUUUUUAUAUCAUAAUUUAGAACUUAUAGCCAAGGAUCCUCAAAACUUAAAACACAAGUAAGUUUCAUCUUAGGAUGGUGCUUGAUACAUCAAAGAGAAAUAGUCCAGUAACAGGGAAGAAAUAUCUCAUCAAAACUGUGAUUCAGUGUUUUUGGGUAUUAGGAAAAGGUGAUACCAGACUUAUAAAAAUAGAUCUGAUCAUCAUAGGAGAGAAAUGUUCAUUAUAUAGCAUAGGAUGCCAUUACUUGAAUGUUCUCAGGGAGGCAUGUCAGAAAGCCUAGGUUCUAGUCCUGGCUCCAUCGCUAACCAACUGUGUGACCUUACUUCACCCAUGAGCCUUGUUCUCCUCACUAGUAAUAGGAAAAUAACACCAACCCUGCCUACCUCACAGGGAUGUUGUGAGGGUUUAAUUGGUAUAUAUGAAAGUGCUUUCAAAAUUGUAAAAAUGCUAUAUAACUCUAAGGAAUUGUUAACGUAUUUGUUCCAAGAUUAUUAAUAAACAAUUGAACUUAC